AUGGACUCCCUGGGCAAGCUUCAAGCAUCCAUGGAUGACAUCGCCAAGCAGGUCCACAAGUCCUGUACAGACCUCAGCAAGCAAGUCGAACGGCGCCUCGCCGACGUCGAACGACAUCAGCAGCAGACCGACUCCACUGUCCAGAAGCUGUCCGACAAGAUUGAGCGGCUCGAGCAGAUCUUGGGCCUCAUGCGAUCUGAAUAUCCCCCUGUCCGCGUGGAAGACUCCAGCUUUGACAGGGAUCCUGAUCCAACGGUGCUGGUACUCCGGGCCAAGGCUAUGCUGCCAAAAGCCAACGUCGACAAAGAUGCGGUGCAGCCGAUCCUCGAGAGGAACAAUCUCAGCCCGACUGACGUCAAGCUGGAGGGUGAUCCAGCUGGCCGCCGCCUCCUCCUCAGGCUCAAUGGCAACGCUCAGCUGGCCGCCAGGCGUUCAUUUCCUCGGACCCAGAAGCAGGUACAAACGGAACUUCUCACGAAGAAGCUCAAGGCGGCGCUCUCCGAGCUCUACCCAGCCCACAACUUCCAUGGCAACCGAGAUCGUGGCGAAAUCUCCACGCAGUGGAAGCCGCUGGUUCGCGCCACUCCUCAGCCUAGUCAGGGCUCCGAGCCGACCCUCGAGCUCGCCCGCGCGAGCCUGGUCCAGUUCGGCUUCUGCGCCGACCAGAUCCGCGCCAAGUUCAAGCUGUUGGCCCCGCCUGCAUAA